AUGGGACUAACCACGAUUGCGAACGCCGACUGCCCCAGCCUCGCAGAUACAUACUUGUUGGCGCUUGCCAAUAGCGGAAAAGCUCCACUGCCAUUUAAAUUUGGACAUCGCAAGCAAUUACAAACGCCGACCGCACCAGCCUUGCAGAUACAUACUCGAUCACGCUUGCCAAUAGCCGAAAAGUACCGCUGGAAGUCAAAAUCCUCCACCACAUCCUCGCCCGAUGGGUACUCCAUCUCCAACCUCAGCUCCUCCAACAUCUGUAGUAAUCCAACUUCGAUCAUCGGUCCGGGCCCUCCUCAAGUGGAGGCUGUGAGAGAAAAUCACAUUCCAGCUUUGGCCAGCCAUCGGGCUGACAUUAUCAACACUGCUCCAAACAAUACGACCAACCAUCCGGACGUACUCCAAGUGGACGCUAAUCUUGUUGAUAUGGGCCCCAUCAAUACAUCCAACCAUCUGGUUCCACUCCCUGUGGAGGCUUCUCUUGUCGAAACGGGAAUCAAUAUGGCGAAUCUUCCAGAUCCUCUUCCAGUGGAGGCUGCCGAAAAUCCAAACGAGAUGGAGGCUGCCAACAACCCCAACGAGAAUAGAAUUAUUUGGUCCAAGCGGCCAUUCAAACCAAUAGAGCUGUAUCCCCACAUGCUUGGCGAUGAUCCUGACCAAAAACCUACUCCAGAAGAACUCGUCCAAGCUAUGGAGAUUGCUGCCCAAUUCCACUACUUUCAUCAUGGGAAAGUCAUUCUUACAGACCGGAGGGAAAAAUCGAAAAUCAUCGCAGUGAUUGAAUUCACCCCGAUCAACGAGUUGACACCCAAAGAAAUCGCAGAAAUAAAUCUGGUCACAUCUUUCCUUAAAGCAACCACUGAAUUCAUCAAUGUGGUUGGCUCUGAUUCCCGCUCCUGGUUUGGCCGCAUGUGGGCCAUAGGGUGGAGGAAAUGCAUGGAAGCUUACGAACUAAUAGGACGAUACCGGAACAGGCAAGCCAUAAAGAAAAAUCCUGAAACUUACGACCGUGUGAUGAGAUCAUCGGCCACACCUUGUUCAAUCCUUGGCCAAAUGCUUCGUCGAUUGGCCAACGUGGUAUUUGAGGAAAACCGAGAAUUAAUGGUUCAGAACUCCAUUCCAUCAGUUGCCUCACUCGAAUUUGAUACGCCAUUGAAUGAAGAUGACUGCGCACCCAAUCUCACAUUCACCGUUGAUGGAUUCUGCAACCAGCCACACAAAGACAACAAGGAUAUCUCCGAGUUUGCAUUUGGCCUUUUUCUUCCCACCAACAAUGCGGUCUGGACUUAUCCCGAUGCAACGGCAUUGUAA